AAUCACAACCUUAAGCUCGUUGCCGAUGGCGAAGAAGACGACCACCUUCCUCCUCCUCAACUUGUUCAUGGCUGCUCUCUCCACGCUAACGACAGCGGCAGUUUCACCUGCGGUCUUUGUGUUCGGAGACUCCACCGUCGACGUCGGGAACAACAACUUCUUGCCCAGCGAAGCACCGAAGGUCAACUUCCGUCCCUGGGGAAUCGAUUUCCCUGGAAGAACUCCCACCGGGAGGUUCAGCAAUGGCUUCAUUUACUCCGAUUAUAUCGGUAUGCAUUCAGACGCAGAUGUGAUCGCCAUGGCGACACAGAUUGAAGACUUCGAGCAGGUUGCGGCGAACCUAACGGAAAGAUUAGGGAAGAAGUCUGCUGCUGUCUUCCUCGAUAAGUCUCUCUUUUACUUGAGCGUUGGGAGCAAUGACGUCUUCACGCAGUAUUCUCUUCUCAAUCCUGGGAACAGCACUCAGAAGGAUGAAGCCGUCGUUCCUGUAAUCAGCAAGUUCAAGCAUCAAUUAGAGAGGCUAUAUGAUCUUGGAGCACGAAAGUUUGCAGUCCUGGGAACUGGAUUGCUUGGGUGUAUUCCAAUCUUCAGAGCAGCGGUUCCUUCAUAUGGGUGCUAUGAGGAUCUAAAUGAUUUUUCUCUACGCUUCAAGACUGCCACAAAGGCCAUCCUGGAGGAGCUCAGCAUGUCAUUGAAGGGAUUCCAGUACUCGUUUGGAGAUUCAUAUGAAAUGGUCACUAAAAUCUUCUCUCAUCCCCAAGAAUUUGGGUUUACGGAGCUCAAAGCUGCGUGCUGUGGAGGUGGGAGAUUGAACGCGGAGUCUGAUUGCCUGCGGAACUCCACAUACUGCAGCAACCGUGACCAAUACGCCUUCUGGGACUUGAGUCAUCCUUCCCAGGCUUUGUCCAAAACGAUCGCCCAGCUGUCACUUUACGGGCCGCCAUUGUUCGCCAACCCCGUCAACUUUCAUCACCUGGUGAAGAGUUAGAACCACUGGAGUGGAGUGUUUUCUGCAGCAUCUUUGAACAACUUGGUCUGAGAAUAAACUCGCCUUCUUCUUCUUUUGUGUGACGCACUUGUAAUGAGGAGGGAAGGUGUUUGAUGAAUAAGAUCUUUAUGGCGGUUAUUCUUCUCUUGUGAAACGCA